ACUUAAUUUCCAAAUGAACAAGGUUAGACAUUCAAGAACCCAGAAAGUUGAACCUUUAGUAAAAGAGGAAGGUGAAAUGUCAGAUACUGAAGAAGUAUAUGAGCAGUUCAAGGAAGUUAAGUGGAUGGAAUGGUGUGAAGAUGUCAUGGUUGAUGAGGGAAAGACCCUUAGACGUCUUCAACGGUUGCAAACUACCAGUGCUGAUCUGCCAAAGGAACAGGUUCUUUCCAAAAUUCGAAAGUAUCUACAACAACUUGGUCGAAGGAUUGACCAAAUUGUUCUAGAGCAUGAGGAGGAGCUUUAUCGGCAAGAAAGGAUGACCACUCGGCUGUGGAACUAUGUUUCCACCUACUCGAAUUUGUCUGGGGAGAGACUUCAUCAGAUUUAUUCUAAACUUAAACUGGAGCAAGGGGAUUCAGGGGUUGGGCCAUCCCACAUCAACGGUUCUGCAACUGGGUCUGUUGCCAGGACAUCAGCAUUAGUUAAUAGGGAGCUUGAUACAGGGAAAUUUGAGGCAUGGAAACGCCGGAGAAGAGCUGAAGCUGAUAUUCACUCCCAAGUUCAGCCUCCUCAUCAAAGAGCUAUGAGUAAUGGCACCCGUAACCCUGAUCCAAAUUCUUCAGGAAUUCUUGGGUCAGGACCGUCUGACAGCAGAAAGUUUGCUAAUGAGAGGCCUUAUAAGAUGCGUCAGACUGGUUUUCCCCCAAGACAAGGUUUCUCAUCAGGCAUCAAAUAGUGUCCUUCCAUGCCUGAUGGAUGGAAUGAGAGCCAAGAGAAAGGGAAGUCAAUUGAUUUUCACCCAGGGAAUUUGCUGCUUUGGUCAAUUAAUAUUCUCUGAAUUUUUUUCAACCAUGAGAAUAAAAGUUUUGCAGAUUCCUAUUUGAGAAUGUUCGUAUGAUACCCAGCCAUGAUCCGUUGGAUGAGGAAUGCAUCCAUGCAAACAGAGAUGGCUGUGGAGAUAUUUCUAAGGGCUUGUGGUAUGUGCCGGAGGUGACUUUUAGAGAAUGAAGACGACUUUAAGAAACGAACAUACAUGGAAGCUUGCAACAACAAUUUUUCUUUUUCUUUCAUAUUAACCGAGUCACUAAUUUCUUUUACGUAUAUAGUGGACAGUCAAAGAGGAGUUACUUGUUCUUUUGAAAUACAAUAGAUGAGCAAGACAUUUUGUAUGUAUUUUGCCUUCGGAAAGUGUACAUUAAGCAAUUUUGCAGCUUUAAUGUCUGAACCUUUUCUAGUGCAAAUGUCCGUUAUAGAAAUUCCAAUUUGCAAAA